UUCGUAACGAGUCUACGUUUUUUCCUGGGAUUGUCUGCAUCCUCAAUAUCGGAUAUUGGUUCGUCAUCUUCGUCAAUACUGAAAUCUGAAUCUACAACGUCCUCUCCUUCUUCUUCAGCUCUAUAAUUUCAAUAAUUAGUUUAAAAGGACUUAAAUAGAAGCAAUUUUUACUGAUAUUCGUUGUCCGAUUCAGUAUUUUCAAAACCCCCAUAGUUUUCCUUGUAAAACUCAUCAGGACAAUCAUCUUCUUCAUCCAACAAUUUCGACAUUCGGUUGCCGGCAUUGUAACGUUUUCCUCGAUCCAUUUUUUAAUUAAAAAUACACUAAUACGAGAUAAUGUUUAUUUUAAAUAGAAAUUAAUUUAAUUUUUCACAAAUUUAAGCUUUUUGUUUAUUUAUUUUAUUUAGCAGUGACAUACAAUGACAGUGACAUUAUUUUAUUUUGCAUCUUUGUCUUACCCAAGAAAAAUGACAAGGACGGAAAUAAAAGUAUAGACAGAUGAAGCAUGUGGCUAACUUCACGAUUGUUGUUUUUCGAUACACCAUAACCUCAAUUUAUGAUUGUUUUUGUUCUUGGAGAGACUUGAAUUUAGUAUAUGGAAAUUUUAAAUUUAACAUCCACAGUUGUUGUAGACUUCUAUUUUAAAAGGCUUUUCACAACUACUUCUAAAAUUAUCUCUAUGGCAUUAAAAAAUCCCAUAAGACUUCCAGACAUUGCCGGAUAUGAAGAAAGAAAAAAUGACAUUGUUUAUAGCAAACCCUUGGUUGAUUCCGCUGUAGCAAAAGUGGUAAUUUUUUUUCCUGGAGACGUACAAGAUUACAUAGAAAACAUGGAAGCUCACAGAGACAACAAACAUCACAAACAAUGGAAUUUAGAAGGCACUGCUAGCAUAUUGCAAAAGAAAUUUCCUGAAAAUCAUAUUUUGGUUGUCAAACCAUCCAGAAUGGACUUUAAAACUUUUAGUUGCUUCCAGAAUUUUGUACAAAGCAGUCAGCUUGGUAUACCCGAACACAUACCUAAUUUUAAUUCCUUAAACCACUUGGAAGCUUUAUUAAAAAAUAUAUCUGAAAGGAUACAACAACCAACUGCCUUAGACAAAUUGGAUAGAGAAAUUGUAGGUUUCAGUAAAGGUUGCGUUGUAUUAAAUCAAUUUGUCCACGAAUUCCAUUAUAGUAUUAUAAACAAAGACCAAGGAAUAUUAAAUAUAAUCAAAAAAAUUAAAUCAAUGUAUUGGCUGGAUGGUGGACAUUCUGGUGGUAAAAAUACUUGGAUUGUGCAACAAGAUGUUUUGACUAGUUUAUGUUCUUUAGAUAUUAAUAUAAAUAUUCAUGUGACGCCAUACCAAAUCCAAGACGACCGAAGGCCCUGGAUCAAAAAAGAAGAAAAAACGUUUUCAGAUUUCCUACAAAAACACAGCAGCAAAAUAACAAGAUUGGUCCACUUUGAAGCGAUCCCACCAAGCAUAAUAACCCACUUUGAUGUAAUUAACAGCUUCAAAAAAUAAACCAAUAAUUUAUUAAGAAAAGAUCCAUUUAAUGUUAACUAUUUUAUAAUACAAAAAAAUAUUCACAGCAAAGGCUUAUGAAUUGUACAUUAUUUUCAAUUAACUUCCCUAAAUUGAAAAAAAAAAUGAGGUACUCUAUUCCUAUAAUACAAAAAAAAUAAAUCAUACUUGUUAACAUUGUUGCCAAUAAUAAUUCCCAACGAAAAAAAAUCUGUGCGGGGCCCACAAAUAUCCUCAUCAAUAUCUUUCCCUUCUGUAUCUAUCUCCGCGUUCUCUGCUCCUAUCCCUACCAUGAUGACUAUACUUAUUUCUGUUGGGACUUCUGCUUCUAUCCCCAUAUUUAGGGUCUCGCCUUUCAACCCCGCG